AUGGAAUAUAUUUUAUUAGGUUCUAAAUUAAUUGAGGGUACAACAAAAACUAUUAAAAUAAGUGAGUUAUUAAGAAAUACAGGUAGAAUUGAUUUAUUAGGACAUUUAAAUGCAACAAGAAGAAUAUUAGAUGGCAAGGAAGUGCGAGAAAAUAGACCUUAUAUGGUAUAUCUCAAGCUUCCAAAGAAGUAUCCAAAACAAGGGGACUAUCGACGCUGGUUUUGCGGCGGUGUGAUUAUCCACGAACAGUUUAUCUUGACCUCCGCAGCCUGUAUUGAAGAUGUCAAACAUUUCUACGUCGUCUCUGGAACAUUUACCUUUUACGAAGGUGAAGAGGAGUACACUAAUCAGUGUUUCAAAAAUGGAGCAAAGAGAGCAGUGUGGAAAUGCAUACCGAGAAAUUACAUAUUCGAUGGUCACGAGAACGACAACGUACGCUGGAUGAACAAUGACUUGGCUAUCGUGAAAGUGGAAGAUGAGUUUGAUUUCGACCGUCGUAUGCGCGGCUGUGACUUCAUACCAGCACCAAUCGCUUAUAAUAAUCGUAGUGAACAGUAUGAAAGUGCUGGUAACAUCGCUUCAGUUGCUGGAUGGGGUAGCACGGAUAAGUAUAGCGAUUGGAUCAACGCUCGAAGUGGGAGUAACAGACAAGCACUGUUAGAAAGUAAUGUAAUUUUGAUAUCAAAAGCUUUGUGCAAGAAUCGAUGGGGUCCGCGAUAUCACAACAUCAUUGAGAACUACAUGAUUUGUACUAAAGAUAUCACCGCUCAGCUCAGUGAAAUGUGUCACGAUAAAUACGUUGAUUGCACUGAUAUAAUGUACUCGGGGGAAUACGAAGGUGAACGAAGAGAUAUGUCAAAUGAUUUAUUAGUGCACUCAGCAUCUCAUCAUUUUGAUGGUAGAAAAAGAAUAAAAUCUUGGAGCGGUGGUUUCUGUGAGAACGAUCACGGUGGUCCACUGGUCUACGGAACCGGGAACGAGGCUGUCGUAAUCGGCGUCAUCUCAGCCUGCCUCGUCAAGGAGGCAACAAACAAGUGCUACGGACCCUUCCUGUAUACCAGCGUCUACAGGAACAGGAAACUUAUCAAUUGCGCCCUUUUCAAGGAUCCCAAUGUUAACUGCAAAGUAUUUAGAACAGAUGAUACAUUUCUUGAGAUAGACUUGAAAUGGGAAGAGGAUGACAGAGAAAUAAAUCAAAGCUAUGAGUCAGAAGUAGUUCCAAUACGACGGAAAAGAGAAAAAAUCUCAAGAAAAAAUAAAUAAUACGACUCUUGUAUAAUUAAGUGUUGGUUUCUG